AUGGAAUCAGAUGAUAUAAGCGUUCUGAGAUUCCGUUCUGUUUGUAAAUAUGAUGUAAUAAAGCUGCAGUCACUUUAUGAGGAAUGCUUUCCAGUCAGCUAUCCAUCCUCUUGGUUUCAGGAUCUCCUUGAUAAUUCAUCUCUUAUAUCUAUUGCAGCAGUUUCAGGUGAUGACUUAGUUGGUAUCUUGGUAGGGACAGUAACGACCCUGGGAAACUGUAGUUCUGAUGAUAAUAAAUUACUUGCAUCGAGUUUUCCACUUUCGACCGGAGUUGCAUACAUACUUAGUUUGGGUGUUACGUCGUCAUUCAGGUCCAGAGGUGUUGCAUCUAUUUUAUUGAGAUCAUUUAUUGGUUAUGUAUCUGGUGAAAAUAUGGACUGGUUGAAUGAUUCUAAUCACCAAGGUGAUUUGUCUUGUUCAGAUCUAUUCAGUCAAACUGUAAAUAUGAAUCCAGCUCACCAUAGAAAUGGAGAAGAUUGUUAUUCUGACAGCAAUGUAUCGACUAAGUAUAACGAUACAUCUUCAUCUAUAAUUUGGCGUGUCAAAGAUUAUAAAUCUCUAUACAAUCUAAUUACACAAUUACCACAUGUCUCUCCUGUACAAGCUGUUUAUCUUCAUGUGUUACAUAGUAAUCUACAUGCAAGACGUUUCUAUGAAAAUCGUGGUUUUAUUUUUCUUCAUACACGUCCCGGUUGUUAUACAAUUGAUGGUAGAUCUGCUGAUGGUUGUACAUAUGUUCUUCAUACAAAUGGUGGAUAUUUAGAUUGUAAACCAAUAAAUUAUAAUUUAAAUACUAUAUAUGAAUAUCUUAAUGAUCAUUCAGUAGUAUGUUAUCUAAGAUGGAUUAUUCGUUUGUUCUCUCAAUCAGGAUAUUCCAUUUUGUAUAAAUUACGUCGAUUUUCACAUUAUCUUUAUGAUACCCCUUUAAUGUUUUUAAAUUAUCAUACAUAUAAUCAUCAAAGGCAGGGAUAUAUCAAUCAUAUUUCUUCUUCUUCUUCUUCUUGUUCGAAUCCAACUUCAUCUUGUUUACCGCAUCAUUUCUCUGAAUGUUCUAUUCCAGAUACCAUAUCAACAUCAUCAUCAUCAUUAUGUGUUUCUCCAGAUUCAUCUGUUCUAGAUAAUGAGUAG